AACUACCUACCUUCAAAAAUAUCCAUCUAAUUCAAUAUCCAUUCCCUUCGCUCAAACCAUCUAAAUAAAGGAGGGUUAUUGUUGUCAAAUUACUAUCCUUUUUCUUUGUCUUUCUUUCCUUAAUUUUUUACAAAGAAAAAUUGGGUACUAUAGAAAGGGCUGGAAUUAGAAUUUGCAAGGCACUCCAGGAGGCCUUACUGAUAAAGUAAGCUACAUACUAGCUUUAUUUCUGUAUAUAUAUCAUAUAGAGUAUCCCUUCUUUUCAUCUUUGCCUCUCUCUUCAUAUCAUCCCUUCCAUCCCUCUUUUGUUUGCUCUAUGUUGUAUCAACAAUGCCUGCUCAAGUUACACCUCAGAAAAUGAUUCAGGGAGUUGAUCUUGUAGAUAAAAAUACCACCACUCAGUUACUCUCACUAAGAAGGCUUGAGGAAAAAGUAGCGAUCAUAACAGGCGGCGCCAGAGGGAUUGGCGAAGCCACGGUUAGAGUUUUCGUGAAGCACGGAGCCAAAGCUGUGAUUGCUGAUAUUGCGGAUGCAGCUGGCAUUGCCUUAGCAAACUCAUUGGCACCUUCAGCAGUUUAUGUACAUUGUGAUGUAAGCUCAGAAGAGGACGUAGAAAUGUUGAUAAAUAGAACAAUUUCAUUAUAUGGGAAACUGGACAUUCUGGUCAACAACGCUGGAGUUCUUGGGAACCAAUCCAAGAGGAAAAGCAUCAUUGAUUUUGAUGCUGGUGAGUUUGACCGAGUAAUGCAAGUGAAUGUGAGAGGAGUGGCACUUGGAAUGAAGCACGCAGCAAAAGUGAUGAUGCCAAGAAGAAGUGGUUGCAUAAUUUCCAUGGCAAGUGUAGCAGGUUGCAUGGGAGGGCUUGGACCUCAUGCUUACACGGCCUCAAAACAUGCCAUUAUAGGGCUUACGAAGAACACUGCUUGCGAGUUAGGGCAGUAUGGCAUCAGGGUGAACUGCAUAUCUCCCUUUGGGGUGGCCACAUCCAUGCUCAUCAAUGCAUGGAGAAGUAGUGAUCAAGUGGAUCAUGAGGAGUGCACGGAUUUGGAAGCGGAGGAGAUGGAGGAAUUUGUGAGAGGAUUAGCCAAUCUAAAGGGUGUGACUCUCAAAGCCAAAGACGUGGCUGAGGCUGCUCUUUAUAUGGCUAGUGAAGAAUCCAGGUACAUAAGUGGUCAUAACCUUGUGGUCGAUGGUGGCUUCACCAGCUUCAAAAAUUGUGUAGCCUUGUAGAAUUGGUAGUCUAUUUUCAUUUCUUUACUAAUUAAUUUGUGUGUUGAGGAGCAGAGCAUUGUAACAACAUAUAUUAGUAAUGAUUUGUUUCAGUGUCACGAUGAAUUUAAUCUAUCCAUGUUUACUA